GAGUGGAGGGAGCCAGGGAGGAAGUAAACAUAACCUUAAAUCCAACUAUUUGUGUACCGGUAUUAAUUGUUAAUGUUUUCUGUUUUACUGAUUUUAUUUUAACAUAAUGCCUCCUUAUGGAACAAUGUAGGCGCUAAUGUCAUUUUUAAUUUUUGUACAAAUAACAUGGUUGGUUAGGUUAUAUAGGACAUGUCGAAAAUCGUGAAGUCAACACAUAGCCUAAGAUAUCUUACAAAACAUAGCCUACAAGCUGUCUGUCGAAUUUACACUGUCCUGUAAGUGAAAUGGAAGAAGGAGUUGUCUUGUUUGACUUCACCAAACUGGACAACCUCCACGGCUGGUCGGAGAUGUCCGAUGUUGUCAGAGAAGUGGGGAUGUCCAAGGCGGUGUUGGUGCUACAGAAGACCCAGCGUUUCCAGAGAGGAGUGUUUUUCACCAUGUUGAACCCCCAGCCUAAUGGAGCAGGGUUUGCUGGUUUUCGAACAGACACAGAAUUCAACCUGACAAAUUACAACUCCAUCCAGCUCUACUGUCGGGGUCAAGGAGAGAACUAUGGAUACAAAGUCGUUCUUCGGCACAAAAAUCAAAAUACCGAACCGUUUCCCUCAUACGAACAAAUGUUUCAGGCCCCAAACAGAAAAUUUGAAAUAGUUGAGCUUCCUCUCGCUGGUUUUGAACCUUAUUACCGAGGAAAGAAGCAGAAUCAAUCAGAGCCUUUAGACAAGAGUCAAAUUUCAAAUUUUGAGCUCCAAAUUUAUGGAGGUGUUUAUCUGCCUGUCAAACAAGCUGGGACAUCUUCAUUGGAGAUUGACUGGGUCAGAGCAGUUUGAUCUUUACAGAGCAAAAAUCAAACAUUGUAAUUACUGUAGUUACCAUUCCAUGUAUAUACAAUUAAUUACUAUACAAUUAUAUUAGUACCAUUCAUAC